AUGUGGAAUGGAGGGCAUUCGAAUGCGUCGCCUAACAGCACAGUGAGCGACGACUCGGAUGAUGAAUAUGAGGCAGCUGCCGUCGCAGCUGUCCUCUGGUAUUACCACGCAUACAUGGAGAGACCCCCACCUCGACCUAAGCACACCUCUGCGUUGACAGGUAUUGUACGUGUUGAUUACUUGCUUGAUGGCCACGAUGACAUAAUUCGGAAUAAGAUUAGGGUGGGCAGUGACUAUUUUAAGUGUCUUAGUUCACUACUAGAAGGUAGAGGACUAUUAAGACCCACUAGGAAUAUGAAAGUGGACGAACAGCUUUUUAUCUUCCUAUAUAUUGUCUCCCAAAGCCAAAGCAAUAGGGAAUCACAUGACCAAUGGCAGCAUUUUGGAUCCACCAUUUCCAAAUACUUCAAGGUAGUAUUGGAUGCAAUAUUUAACCUGCGCCAUGAUUUCAUAAUACCCCCAAAUUAUAACAUUAUUGAUCCAGUCAUUGUGGCGCAUGGAAGCAAGUAUUUGCCAUGGUUUCAGAAUUGCGUUGGAGCUCUUGAUGGGACUCACGUCCCUUGUGUUCCACCACCUGGUAACCCCGAAGUAUGGCGGAAUAGGAAGGGUUUUUACUCCCAAAAUGUGUUAGGGGUAUGUACAUUUGACCUGAAGUUUACUUACAUCUUAGCUGGAUGGGAGGGCUCUGCCCAUGAUGUGCGCAUUCUUGUGGAUGCAACAAGUACAAGAGAUAAAAAUUUCCCAAAUCCACCGCCAGGGAAAUACUACCUUGUAGACUCUACCUAUGCGAAUACCAAUUGUUUCUUAGCGCCGUACCGGGGGAGCACAUAUCACCUUCAAGAGUAUAGGGCAAGACGUGGCCGUCCUCGAACUCAGCGUGAGUUGUUUAAUUAUACGCAUUCGUCCCUAAGAAAUUCUAUUGAGCGCACUUUCGGUGUUUGGAAAGCACGGUUCCGCAUACUAAAGUGCAUAAAUAAUUACCCAAUAGAGAAACAGAUACAAAUUCCUGUUGCUUGUGCCGUGCUUCACAAUUUCAUAUAUAUGUACAACCAUAACGAUGAGCUACUAAACCAGUACACACGAGACGGAGUACCAGUUGUUGAUAUUGAUCCAGAGAAUGCGGAUCAAGAUGUUAAUCAGAAUCACAAUCCUGAUCGGGCAACGGAACAAAAUCACAACUCCGCAAAUCGUAGAGAAAUGAAUAUUUUGAAGGACGAGAUGGCUGCUAGCAUGUGGGGGGCAUUAAUUAGAAGCAUAUCGCAAUCGGUAGUUACAUAUAUUUGUUUCGCAAUUUCAACGACCUUAUUAAUAUGA